AUCAAUCAUGUGGUCACCCAUCGCCCUUUUUUCUUGUUUCCCGCAACCCUCGUCGCCGCAUUUGAGUUCACCAGCCCGGAUUCGAACCAGAAGCUGAACGUCUCAGCUCCUAUCCGUGUCACCUGGACGUCGGAUAGCAGCGCUUACGAUCAAUUGGACCUCUGGUUCAUGGGCGUGACUGCUACCGGCACCAGCUUCGGGUAUGAUCUGAAAUCUAACAUCUCUACAUCGGUCGGCAUGUACAAUUGGGAUCCAUAUAACGUGACCCAAGCAUGGGAAAGCACCGACUUAGUGUUGGUAGGGGGAAAGGAGUUCCAAUUUCAGGCCAGGCUUCACGACAGAAAUACAACACGGGGGGCUAUGGUUCAGAGUGAUUACUACGCGGUGGUAGGGUAUGAUAAUAUUUCAAAUUUGGGAGCCUCGAAUCAAGUGUCGGCUUGGGGGGUUCUGGCACUGGCUGGGGUCGUGGUCAUAGGAUUGGACUGUAAAGGAUUUGGAGAUAUACGGCUUCAUGUGUGGACUCCGUCACUUCACAGGAAAUGCGUCAGCUCGGAGCUACCUCCGACUAAUUGA